CCAUGACUCGGGACCAUCCUCGUCUAUAUUUCCUUGAUUUGAAUUCCUCUGCUCCGUACUUGCGUCAUUCCAUUCUACAUUAAUUCCGUCAACAGAGUGACAUUUCACCCACAAUGGAUUAGCCUCGUCCAGAGAUCGUAUCCCUCUCCACUUUUCCCAGGGCCUGACUCAUUACAUUUCCCAGCCAAGACGUGUCAACCUGUCACGGUGGAUUUUUUUGCUUUUAUUCUGCUUACUAUAUUCUCAUCACGGGCCUGGCAUUAUUGCACGCUAUACCUUUGUUUUUUCCUUCGUACAUCCCGUCGCUCUCCACCAGUCGCUUCGACUCUUCCCUGUCAAUAGUUUCAUUCUGGAAGUUCCCAAUCGCCGGGUUCUGGCGUCGUGACACAUCCCACGGCCAGGGAGUCGGGUUCAGCGCCCGCCAUAAUCAGAAUCAGCACUUGAAGCUGAAUCACAAGCGCAGAAGAAAAAAACCCCGAACUGCAUUGUUUGCCAAAAUUAGAGCCAACAUUAUCCAUCCAUCAUGGCUGAGCCCACACCCCCACCACCCCCGGCAGCAUCGUGUUUCUACGAGCACACGCCGCAGUCUAUCAUCCCCCAUCUGGCCAAGCAAAUGCCCUACUCAAGCUCGCUCCUCCGACGUAUCCAACACACCCUCGCGUAUCCCUCACCCACCGCCAAGAUCUUAGCAACUUUCCCGCCAGGAUCGACCCCUGGAUCGUCAUCAGCCCCUGAAUCCCCUGGCACUGUCCCUGGCCCCGAUCCCGAUCUCUCCACCCCGUGGCUGGCUGCACAGGUGGAUCUCUUCCGCGGCCGCCAGACCCAGAUCAUCCUCUACUCCAGCCUCGAAGCGGAGGGUACUUCUCUCCCACCGAUCGUCCCUGUCACGGGCUCUGGCACCGUCUCCCCGGGCGACCUAUCCAGGUACUCGGGUCCAGCCUCAGCUACAGGACCCGCUGUCACUAACGCCAACACUAAUGCUAACGCUACCUCGCUUCCUCACGCGAGCACUAGCAAUAUUGACAAUGUCCCUGUUUCUGAUCAACCACGAUCGAGCCCGAACUACGCCGUGUCCACUCUCACGGCCUCCCCAGCGGUCCUGGCUACCGUCCGCGCCCAAUUAUUGGCCUUCCUCGCGCAUGUCAAGGCCCAGUUCCUGCCCGAAUACCUGUCAUCCCUGCCAGGCACAAAGUCUGCAUCCGAACCUUCGGCGACCUCAGCUUCAGCUUCAGCUUCACCGCUAGCAGCGACGGGCGUCACCCUGAUCCCACCACCAGACCCACACGCCUUCCUUUUCGGCUCUCUCCAUACAGGUCUCUUCGAGCUCCUGCUGCGAUCGGGACAAUUCCCUCGCGUGGAUGCGGGCGUGAACGCCCCCGUCGAUCCCGACCCGCUUCCCGGCGUGCGGGUCCAUCGCUUUGAUAACCCGCCUUACUACAAGUACUUUUUCACGAGGGCCGUGUUUAGUCCCAGCGCCGCGGGUGAGACAACUCUCAGCACGGAGAACCCAUUGCCGGCUGGGUAUAGGUAUCACGAUCGGCGUGGCCGGGUCGGCGUGUUGUCGUCGCAGUUGGAUCUCGUGCAGAGUCGAACGCAUAUCCCCCGGCCCCGCGAACAAUUGCAGAGUUUGCCUAGCGUGGCGGUUUACUGCGAUGCUCAGUCUUCGGGUGCGAAUGUCGCUGGUGAGGAGAGUAGUUCGGGCAAGGAUGAGCAGCGGGAUGAGAUGCCUAUUGCAUGGGCAUUCCUGGGCGUAGACGGUGCCGUGGCGACGUUGCACGUUGAACCCGAGCAUCGUGGACGCGGACUGGCGCUUUCUUUGUCCAAGGAGGUUAUGCGACGGGGCAUGGCCACGGAGGGAGUGUUCGGGGCUGAGAAGGUUGGCCUGGUGGAUGGGGAGUUGAGGGGGUUUGUGGAGGAUUGGGUUCAUGCAGAGGUUGCGGGGUACAAUAAUGCGAGUAGGAGGGUUAUGGAGAAGAUUGGGGGGAAGGUUUUGACGACCGUUGUGUGGACUGUCAUUGAGCUUCUUGAUUGAUGAGUUGUGGUGGUUGAGGUUAAAUCUAGAAUAGACUACGAGAGAAUGGAGUAGCAUUUAGAUUAUGUUGGAUAUAAAGCAGAUGUUGAUAAUAGAUCAGAUGGAAUUGGAU